UAGGUGCUCAACUUCUAUAUAAGAAGCAGCAGAGUAGAAUUGAACCCAAUAUCCUAAACCAACUGUGUUUCCUGGUCAACUAAAAUGAUUACAGCAUCAGCUUUCUACGAUGUUUUUACUGCCAUGGUGCCCCUUUAUGUGGCCAUGUUCUUAGCCUACGGCUCUGUAAAAUGGUGGCGAAUUUUCACCACUGAUCAGUGCUCUGUAAUCAACAGAUUUGUAGCCAUUUUUGCAAUCCCAUUUCUUUCACUACAAAUCAUCUCCUCCAUCAAUCCUUACCAAAUGAACCUCAAAUUCAUACUUGCCGACACACUGCAAAAACUGUUGAUUCUUUUUGUGUUGGUUUUGUGGGGCAGCUUCAGUAGUUGGGGUAGCUUGGAUUGGGUUAUAACUCUGUUUUCUAUCUCUACUUUGCCUAAUACUUUAAUUAUUGGGAUUCCAUUGUUGAGGGCCAUGUAUGGGGUAGAGAUUAAUGGUCUUUUGGUUCAGAUUGUGGUUUUGCAAGGUUUGGUGUGGUAUACACUUUUGCUGUUUCUAUUUGAAUUGAAGGCCAAGAUAGAAAUGGGUCCCCAGAUUCCAGUGUCAAUGGGUUCUCAAGUGGGUUCAGACGUUUCUCCGGUGCAUGCUCAAAGUUCAGUUGUGAGCUGUAAAGGUGAUUUGGAAGGAGAUGGAGAAAUGCAUUCAAAAGAAAUAGAAGAUGAAGAGGCGCCUUCAAAAGACAGUGAAGAUGAAGGGGAAGCCACUUGCUCUAGUGUAAAGAUGAUACAUCUCUUCUUUUUGGUGUUGUCCAAGGUUAUAAAGAACCCCAAUACUUAUGCCAGUGUUUUGGGCCUAGUUUGGGGGCUCAUUGCCUGCAGGUGGAACAUUCAUAUGCCAAAGAUAGUUCAAAAUUCCAUAUCAAUAUUGGCUGAUGCUGGUCUUGGCAUGGCCAUGUUCAGUCUAGGUCUUUUCAUGGCAUCCCAAAACAAAAUAAUAGCAUGCGGAAAGCGUAGGGCUACCCUAGCCAUGGUUGUGAGAUUUCUCCUCGGCCCGGCGGUCAUGGCUGCCUGCUCUUUAGCAGUUGGUCUUAGGGGCAAGUUGCUACAUGUAGCAAUUGUUCAGGGUCGUUUUUGGAAUGCUGGUUUCCUUGCCAAUAACAUUGGCCUACUACGUAUUGCUUGGCAUCUAAGAGAGAGAGACGGUGGGACUAAGAUGGUUACAUGGAAUAAGCUGCUCAAACGUGAGCGAGACUUGGAACGACACAAGGGUGCCAAGAUGUCCAGACACAUGGAACUUAGUUUAGAUUGGUGGUUCAGAUCUUAUUGUGCCAGUUUCAAAGGAACAGUUCGGAUUAAAGAAUCCAACAUUUGGGAACUCAGAUUGAAUUUUUGGGGCGUGCCCUAAAAUUGUGACGGCAUUUUGGCUUAUAGUAUAUGCAUGGUUGCACGUACUGCCAAGAGAGCUCUAA